UCACAAAUUACAACUCAUACAACAUAAAGAAAAAACAAAAUUAGCAAGUAUAUAAGCCUUUGGACAAAACAAUAAAGAAGACAAAUUCCCCUCUGUACACACACACUCUGAUUUCUCUUCACAGAGACAAAACAAAUCCCUAAAGAAGCAAAUCAAAAAGCUCUCUAUUUCUUCUCUGAAAGAUGGGUUCAGAUGCUGAUAUGGAGGAUUACGGAUUUGAGUAUUCGGAUGAGGAGCAGGAGGAACAAGAUGUUGAUAUUGAGAAUCAGUAUUAUAAUUCAAAAGGUUUGGUUGAGACGGAUCCGGAGGGUGCACUUGAGGGAUUCACUGAGGUGGUACGUAUGGAACCUGAAAAGGCAGAAUGGGGUUUUAAAGCUCUCAAGCAGACAGUUAAAAUUCAUUAUCGUUUAGGGAGGUAUAAGGAGAUGAUGGACGCUUACAGGGAAAUGCUUACUUAUAUAAUAUCAGCAGUAACAAGAAAUUACAGCGAGAAGUGUAUAAACAACAUAAUGGAUUUUGUCUCUGGCUCAGCUAGUCAGAACUUUGAAUUGUUGCGUGAGUUCUACGAAACCACACUGAAAGUCCUUGAAGAGGCUAAAAAUGAAAGGUUGUGGUUUAAGACAAAUCUUAAGCUUUGCAAGAUCUGGUUUGACAUGGGCGAGUAUGGUAAAAUGAACAAGAUUUUGAAGGAGCUUCACAGAUCUUGUCAAAGAGCUGAUGGUACUGAUGAUCAAAAGAAAGGGACUCAGCUCUUGGAGGUUUAUGCUGUUGAAAUUCAGAUGUACACUGAGACAAAGAAUAACAAAAAGCUGAAGGAAUUGUAUGGGAAGGCUCUUACAAUCAAAUCAGCUAUCCCCCAUCCUAGAAUUAUGGGAAUAAUCCGUGAGUGCGGUGGGAAAAUGCAUAUGGCACAAAGACAGUGGGCAGAGGCAGCUACUGACUUCUUUGAAGCUUUUAAGAACUACGAUGAAGCUGGUAAUCACCGGCGCAUCCAGUGCCUGAAAUAUUUGGUGUUGGCCAACAUGCUUAUGGAAUCACAAGUUAAUCCGUUUGAUGGGCAGGAGGCAAAACCGUACAAAAAUGACCCAGAAAUCUUGGCCAUGACAAACUUGAUUGCUGCAUAUCAACGAAAUGAGAUAUUGGAAUUUGAGAAAAUCCUCAAGAGUAAUAGAAGAACCAUCAUGGAUGAUCCAUUCAUUAGAAAUUAUAUAGAGGACUUGUUGAAGAAUAUAAGGACUCAAGUGUUGCUGAAACUCAUUAAACCGUAUACACGGAUCAGGAUUCCUUUCAUAUCGAAGGAGCUCCACGUGCCAGAAUCCGAUGUGGAAACGUUAUUGGUGUCAUUGAUAUUGGAUAACCGGAUACAAGGUCAUAUUGACCAAGUAAACAAAUUGUUGGAGCAUAGCGACAGGUCAAAGGGGAUGAAGAAGUAUACAGCUAUUGAUAAAUGGAACACACAACUUCACUCACUUUAUCAAACCAUUAGCAACAAAGUGGGGUGAAAUCAGUAUAUUCAACUGAAGGUUAUUUUUUUAUUUUUUAUUAUUACAUAAGGACAAGAGGAAAGAAUGUACUGAUUUUCUCCUGUCUAUUUAUGUUUCAACUUUACAAAUUUAGCUCUUUGUACUUUCCAUCCCUCCUAUUCAGUUUUUUAAUUGAACUCUGAGAAAUUUUGAGAA